AUGCUCAGAUACUUUCCGAUAUUGCUUCUUUUUGUCAGUUAUUGCUCCUCAUUUUCCUUACCUGCUGGUCUUCGUCCCGCUAAAGCCGUUGGUGAUCCAAAGCAAGCAAUUAUACCUGAGCGUGACCAACAAAUUAACAAUGGUGUAUCUCCGAAAGUCCCAUCCAACUUAUCGCUAAGAUCUAGGAUGAUGGCUGCUUUGAGUGGAACUCCUGUCGAGUCAAAAAAGGAAUCGGUGACAGAAAUGCCCGAAAAAUCACAAGACGUAAAAGUUGAAUUAAAAACGCCAAUAAUAUUUACUAAGGGGAAUAAAAAGAUUGAAGUACAGUCAACUCCUGUGGUUGCAAAAAACAAAGCACGGAUUGAUCCCAAGAAACUUGGUAGCAAUAAUUACGGCUUGAAUACCGCAGUGCAAAUAAGUUUAGUCGAUUCGCAUGGUCGUGUGAUGAAAGGUAUCAAUUUGGUUCCAAUAAAAGUACCAUCAACUGACGAUUUGAAGAAUGCUAGAACAAGACACACAGCUCGUGAAGUAGAAAGUGGCGCAGAUAAAAUUGUUCCAAUAAAAUUCGGAUCAGCGACUUGA